GUUAGAUCAUCUAUAGAAAUUGUCAAAAUAAAUAGGCGAGAUGCCUAAAUGUUACCAAGUACUUAAUUAUCCGUAAUUGAAAUGUAUAAUUGUCAUAAAUAGUAAAUAAUGUAGUAAUUAGCAUCUUUACGUGCUAUUUUUUUUAAAGAAGGCGAUACGUCGUUACCAUUACAAUCACUAAUGAAACAAUUGACUAAAAUAUGGAUAGCCAAUCCGAGUUUUAUUUUUAAUACAUAUCGUUUUUCAUCAAUCUAUAUAGAAUAGGCCAAUGAAAUGCGUUUCAAUAAACUAGAGAUGAUUACAUUGGCACAGCAACCAUCAAAUAAAUUUGAUAAAGAAGGUUUGUUAUUUGUGCGUGAACGACAAGAAGGGUUUUUUAGAAGAACAGAAAAAAGAGAUUCAAAGAGAAGCAAAAAACGUGAACGACUAAGCGAUCUAAACUGUUAUGGCGGAUCACAAAAAGCAAAUUUUGAACGCUGGUGUCGCUUAAGGGGUAACCUACUGUUUUAUCUGAAAUCUCACGAUCAACUCUCAGAUUUACUGGGUAUUAUUAUUUUACAAAACUAUACUGUACAGUUAGACGAAUCUCCACCGGAUGGACCUUUUAGUUUUCAAAUAGUAUUUGAAAACGGAGUUUGCCAACAAAUUGCUGCUCAUACAGAAAUAGAAAGAGAUUCUUGGCUAGAAGCUAUAAAACAAGCAGAUUACGAUAUCAUGCGGGCAAGACUAUUAAAGCUUAGAAGGCAAUUGGAAGAAAAGCAAAAACCAAAUUUAGAUAUUAACAUGUGGAGACUUCGUAAAAAUCAACCCAAAUUAGAUCUGUCAAGAGUUCCAUUAUGUGAAAUAUGCUUUUCCUGUGAUAAUCUUAUGUGCGAUGGUCAUGGACGUUCCCCAAAUCCGGCUAUUGUUGUGUCUAUAUACAUUCCCAGUGAAAAUGUCUGGAUAAAUUAUGCUAAUACCGAAAGCAUUAGUGAUAGUAGUAAUCCAACAUUUUUAAGAACUGUUUGGCUUCAGUGCAGUGAUGGUCUAACUGAAGAUUGCAUUCUUAGAAUAUCGGUUUAUGAUGUACGAGAGUCCGUUUCUGGUACUGCAAUAAAAAUGGGUCAUUGUGAAACAAAACUAUCUUCACUAAUGGAAACAACAAACUCUGGUAAUAAUGGACAACGAGUACGUCUUCCAUUAACAUCUUUUAGUAAUCAGUCAGAUUCAGAUAAAAUUAUUGGUUUUAUUACCAUGACUAUAUGUCGCCCGGACAAACAAGUUGAACACAACAUGAGUACAGAAUCAACACCUUGUAAAUCAAUUAUGUAUACUAAUCCUAAUCUUCCAAUGAUAAACCAUCGACGAACACAAUCGCUUCCUCCAAGACUUGGAUCUAGAUUACGUAUUCCAUUACAAAAUUACUUAUAUUUAUUAUUUGAUAAUAUAUCGUUUGUUACUUAUCGUUUUCAUUCCGGUUUACGUGGUGAUAUUUCUUUGUAUGAAAUUAUGGCAGAAAGCAAAUUUUGUUUUUACCUGCCUCAACAACUUUUAAAUAUAUGGAUACUUGAAGAAAAAGAGCUUUUACAAGAAGUGUCGGGAAUGGGCGAACUUGCUGAACCUUGGCAUUCUAAACAAGUAGAAUUACUUGAUCGUCAUUUACAACUUUUACAUUUGUAUUCGCAAGCCAAGCAAAAUUUGGAAAAUCAAAAAGGAGUUAAUUUUAAGCCAAGUUCCCGUAAAAACGAUCGUUCAUUAGAAUUUGCUCCUACAAAUUUACACUUGCAACGGAUUUGGGUACAGAAUGAUACAUUAAAAAAGAAUGGAUUUUAUGAUAUUAUUACAGUUGGCGCGUUUACUGCGCAUUCACAUAAAUCUAAAACUGGAGGAUUGAUCAAACUAUUGCAACAGCUAAAAGAAGCUCCUCUUAAAACUAAUGGUAAUGCUAUUAUCAGUAGUAAAAUUACAAUGGCUUUUGAUGCAAUUCAAGCAAUUAAGUUGCUUCGACGAGAAGUAGUCGAUGCAAUGAAAACUUUAUUAAGUUUAGCUAAAGAUAAACAAACCACAGGGAUGAUGCCGAUUUGCAAUGAUAUGAUGUCCAAAACUCAAAUUUUGUUAAGCCUUUGGGAUCCAAAGCUUGUGGAAGAAGCAUUAAACUUUAUUGAAGAACAUAAAGUCACCCCUGUAGCAAGUGAUGAUGGCUAUUCAAUUAAGCACACUUCUGAUUAUCAUGUGUCUCCAUUUAAACGUAUAGCUAGUCAAAUUAAUUUUGAUUUGCAAUCACCAGAUACUGAAGAAUUAUAUAUGCCAGAAAGUCCAAAGGGUUUAAAAAAUUUUAUGAAAUUUAAUGCAAAAGGUAUAAAAGAAGAACAAGAUUUAAGUGAUGAUCAAGAUAAACAGCAAUUCAUAAUAUUUCCAGAAUGUGAAAGUGACAUUGAUAAAGACUAUAAUGAGAUAGAGACAACCGACACAAAAAAUAACUCUAUAAUAAGUGAAAAUGGAAAUGGAAUGAAAACGGGUCAAUUUUUAGAUACUUACUCUAUGUGCAAUUCGCCAUCUGCCAACUACUACAAACCGACUGAAGAACCAGAACCUUGGGAGCUUACUCAAUUGAACAUCGAGGCUAGUAUUAUGUGUCUUGUGAGUAAAGUUAAAUUUUUAUGUGGUCGUUGUAAUAGCCCUGCAGUAAGAUUACGAUCCCAAAGAUGUCACAGUUUUCGGUCAAACGUUGCAUUUUCAAAGCAAGGAUUAGAAAUUGGUAACCAACCUGCAAGUUUGGAUUCGGAUUUCAACAAACGAGCAAUCUCAACAGAAAUAAAUUCAGAAAUGUUAACUACAGAUAAUAUUAUAAAUGCAAAACCUAGAAACAAGUUUACGGAAGGACUUGACUUCAACUUAAUGACUGAUUGGGCAACUGAAUUAAAACCUAGUAUGCGUAAAUUACGACAGGCGAUGGAUGGUUUAUUGAAAACUGCUAGGCUUACGCAUAGUGUUUUCAGAGUUCAAGAAGAUAAAAGAUCUGCUGAAAGAUCUUGUAAUGUUCGAUAUAGAAGACAUGUUUGUUUUGCUCAAGCGUUAACUGCGCUUGUAAGUGGUCUAAUGGCAAGGCUGUGGUGUCAAAAACCUGAUGCAGAGUUUUUAUUUAUGUUAACAUCAAUUGGUUGUCUUGCUUCUUUUGAAUGCCUUUUAAGUUAUUAUGGUAAUGAAAUUGAUAUGUGGGGUGACAUGGCUAUUGCUGUUGAAGAUUUAGCAACAGUGAAUUUCACACUUUUGCCACUAUCACAAGCUGUCAGAGAUAAUCCGAAAGAUGAAAUCAUGCCACGUAUCAUAGGUUCAAGAAAUUCAUUAUGUGUGCUGUUACCUGUUCCUGAUUUAGUUCAUUCUUUAAUUUCUUCUAAAAUAAUUGCUCCAUUUCGAGUGACGCCUGUUUUCUUCAACAUUGGCAUUAAUGAAAUGGCUACUCUUGCUGAAAAUUUAGGAAAUACAAAACCGCAAGAUAGCAGCAAUAUGGAUAAUUUUGAAAGAUUAAACGAGUUUUGUUCAAGGUACCGUAAACUUAAUAUGGCCAAGGAUAGGGAAUGUGAAAGACAAGGGGCUUCCCUUACAGAAAUGAUGACCAAUUUAAAAGAUUCAUUCUAUAGUAAUAGAAGUAAAAAUGUCGAAGCAUUACAGUUAGCAGCAAAGGUGUGCCGUAGGCUAAAAGGUUUACGAUUUACUAGUUGCAAAAGUGCCAAAGAUCGUACUGGUAUGUCAGUGACGCUCGAACAAUGUUCCAUACUUAACUUAGAAUAUGGAUUAGCAGAAAACGAAAUUCAGAGAGCUUUGGAUUGUAUGAGAAGCGAGGGUUGUAGAAGAGAAAAUACGUACAAGAACACUGGUGUUAGAAAAUAUGCUUUUAACAGAUUACAACAUUUUACAUUACCUGAGCAAUACAGACCGCCGGCAGGUACUUACGGAUCAAGUCAAACUUAGAGUUACCACCUACUGAGGUUAGAUAUGUUUGCAGUUUAUACUGACAAAUGUUUUUAAAUCAUAAUAUAUGGUAAUUAAAAUGAUUUAUGUUUACCAUAUCUAUGUUCCUAUGCAAAGACUGGGGACUAAUGUACUUAGAAUCCCUUAAAUUUUUAGUUAAUUUGUGAAUACAUAAAACAUAAAUUAAUAAGCUCCUUUUUAUCAUUCAUUCUUCAAGUCAAGUUUUAAUAUAUUAUUCUUAUUUAAAAAAUGUUAUAUUGUUGUUAUUUAUCAAUAAUAAUAAGUAUAAACAAAACCAUAAUUUAACUAUACAAUAAACUAAACAAUUAUUAUACUUUUUUAUUAUUUUGUUUUUAUUGAAAAUUAAAUAAUUUAAUGCAAAUUGUUAUUACUCCAGAAUUGAAUACAUUAAUUUAGUUUUAAGUAUAAUUUACUAGAGGUGGGCCGAUACUCUAUAUCAGCCGAUAUUAGUGGUUUUGUUUAUUUUGGAAACCAAUAUUUCGACCAAUACCAAAAUUAUUAUAAUCAAUGGUAGGUAUUAUGUAAAGUUGGUUCUAUCGGGUAUGGUUUUGUUUUAAUAUCGGUUCAUAUUUUAUACAAAAAAUGUUGAUUUUUUUUAGUUAUCGGGUACCAAACCAGUUUUAUAUUGGCAACAUGUAUCGAAAUAUCUGGUAUUGGUGAAAAGUGGUAUCGGCCCACCCCUAAUAAUUAUUGCUAUAAUAGUAUAGCUUUAAAAUUUUAAAUGUUUCUUAAAAAAAAAAAAUGUAUUUUCGUUAUUAUUUGUAACAGGUUUUAGACUCCAUUUCUUAAAUCUAGUAUACAAAAAAUCUUUAUUUUGAUGUUUUUAAAUAAUAUAAUUAUAGUAAUAUUAUGUAUUAUACCUCCAUUUUGUAAUUUAGGUUUUAUGCUUUACCAUUGAAUUAAAAUUAUAUUAUAUUAUUGAAUGUAUUGAAUAAUAAACCAUGCUAUUGUUAAAAAUUACAGCAACAAACAUGCAUUCAAGCAGGUUGAAUGUAGAAGGUGCACUUGCAUACGUAGUAUUUACAUUUAACAAUCUUCAAUGCAAAUUAGUUAUUGUUAUAUUUAACAUUAGGUUGGCUUGUCUGUAUAUUAUAAAAUAAGCGACUAUAUGAAAAAAGUUAAUUAACAAACAUCGUAGCUAAUUUCAUUAGGUAAUUAUAAGGUUAACUAUUAAAAUUGUUUCAAUAUUAAAUGUAAUUAAAUUCUAAGAAUAUAUCUAUUUAUAUUCCGGUCACUCUAAGAAGAAACCCUGACAGCAGUCUAAAACUCGUUUGCCGCCACUCAAGUUGUAUCUGUAUGCGGAGCCGAACAAUGACAAUGUUGUGGGGUGGAAGCCAUUGAUGCGAUCUUCUUAAAGUGACUGGAGUAUAAUAAUCUUACUAUACCUAUAUAUAUAUAUAUAUAUAUAUAUAUAUAUCUUUGUUAAACUUAUCUUGAUGCUCAAAUUUAAAAUAUCAAUUAAAUGCACAAUUUUUUAUAGGAUUUAAGUAUAAUGUAUUUAUAAUACAUAAUAUUAAAAACAUAAAAAUAAAUUAUGCAAAAUAAUUCAUUUAAUGUGUUUAUAUUGUAAUGUUAGUUUAUUUCUACAGUAUUAUGUAAAAACGAAGUAAAAUAAAUUUAUAUU